AUGACGAAGCCAUCUAAAUUGCUAGGCCGUAGGUAUAUCCCAGGACAGGUGGACUGUCAACAUACCGUCACAGAGGUGAAAAAAGCGAGCAUGCUGCCUCCAGCCGCCGAUCCGACAUGUCCGAUUUGCUCGCAGAAGUGGUUCAGUAAGCAUGAGAGUACCAAAAGACGCGUCAUGCCGCUGAUUCAGGCCUGCGGGCAUGCUAUCUGUUCAGACUGCUUUGAAGCAUGGCGUAAGACCUCUCUUAUGUGUAUGUAUCGCUGUCCUACUCUUGCACUCAACAUUAAAAACUGUUUGGCAUGCCGUGAAUGGGAAGGCACUCAUCGGCCUCCACCGCCAGAUCUGCAACUUCCUGUCGGGCCCGAUAAGCGAGUGGUGGUCGUAUGUCGAGACAUGUGGCGCGAUAUCAAGCAAGAACUUGCUGAGCUUGAAGACGAGAGCAGAGCGUUCAGGAUUCCAGGCGUCAUCAAGCGCAAGAUCCUGGCGUACAUGCGAAAGGCCUGCUCAGAUUAUGACGGCCAGUACCACAGGCACAAUGAUUUGGCAGAGCUACUCGAUCCCCUCCGUGGUAGUGAUAUCGAUACUGCAGAAGUUGAAGAGGAGUAUCAUGGGACGGGAGUACUUGUGCCAUGUUGGAGCGACGAACCAUGGCUCACGACCGUUAUCCGUAAGGUCUGUCGGCAAUGGGACGAAGAGGAUGGUUUCGUGACAAACAGCUGGACACACGGCGAGUUUCGUCCAAAGCACCUGCGUACCCCGGAGAAGUUCAAGAACGCCGACGGUCACUGGGUUGACGACUGGCCUAUCAAGUGUGUGGUAGGUCACCAGAUUGAUGAAGACGACGGCGAGUUGUGGUACCAUGUGCGUUAUAUUGGUUUCGGUCCGGCCAGUGAUGAAGUCGUAUCGGCUAGAAGCUUCACACGACCGAGCAUUUAUCGUAUUUAUAACCGAGUUCAUGGCAUCAGCCUUGACGAGCGUUGGUUAGCCAACGAUGACAGACAUCUUCAAGAGGAGGUGGUUGACGAGGAGACCGGGACUGACCCCGAGACUACAAGUAAGUCUGAUUACAAAACGGGGGUUCCAUCUGGAGAGGAAUCUGAUGACGAUACACAACAAAAUUCUGACGCAGAGAUCGAGGAAGGCUUCGUGGAUGACGGAUCAGAAUCCGAGGAAACUAGUGACACCAGUGGCACUGACUUAGAAUAUUUAAAUGACGGCUCAAACACGGACAGGACCGACGAUGAUAACAUUUAUUCAGACGUCGAGAUGGACGGAUUAGAUGAGCCCAAAUCAGGCUACUCAAGCGACUCCGAACAUUCCGAAUACAUCGAUUAG